GUAUAAGAUAAGUAUAAAUUGAGGAAAAUAAAACUUAGUAGCAUGUUCUUUAAUCUAAAAAACAUAUAAAUGAAUUAAUUUUAACUUAUUGACAAUCAAGAUAUGACAUUAUUUAUUGAUAAAUUUUGUGCAUCCUCAAUUGUGCCUAUCAAAGUACUCCAUAAUGCAAGAUGCAACCUUUUUUUUUUUUUUUGAACUAUUCACGUAAGUUUAAUAUGCAAUCUCCACCAACAUUCUAUGCGAUUUGAGAUGAUAAAACAAUAGUGCGAUGGAUAGUAGAGUACUACUCCGUAUCUAGGAGUAUGUACCAACCAUUUUACGUGAUGGUGAUGAUACAAUACUAUGACAGUACUACUUAGUAUGUUAUAGGGGUAUGGCCAUAUGGGGUAUCCGACUAUCCGGAUAUGUAAUGCGAAUUGGGGUGACAAAAAUCAUACUACAAGCCCCUCAACAAGUACUGUGUAACAGACACCCUCAUCUGCAACAAAAACAAUUAUUCACUUUACGAGUCUCCACUAAUUUCGUUACCUUCACCAUUUCUAAAUGCUAAUCCACUAAUCCCCCCUAAAAUUCUCCCCUCUUCUCUAAUUAAUCCCUUCCAUCUUCUCAAUCGUCAUCAUCAUUUCAUCCUCUCUCUCUCAAACACACUUUCUCUCUCCUCUCACCUUGAUCAAAUCCUCCAUUUCCAGUAUUCCACCAUCUUCAUCUUCUUCUUCUUCUUCUUCAUCUUUCUCUCUCUUCCUGCAAUCAUGGAUCCAAUCCCCACCAACUUCCCAGUCCUCUCCUACGUCAUGGCUCGAGUCCCAUCACUCUCCUCUCUCCGCCAACCCACCGCACCCUCCCACGACAUCGAACAACCCCCUUCUUCUUCUUCCUCCGCCCCUUUCCAGGACCCCCUCGUCGAAACCAUGCCCCACCUCAAAAACCCCAAGGUCAUGUCCGCCAUGGCCGAAGCCGUCUCCGAGAUCUCCCAAACUCGCUCCAUCCUCCAAGCCCUCGGCGAACGCCCUGAUCACGAAUCCAUCGACAUCGCCAAAUCCAAAGUCGCCGAAAUCGACUCCCUCCUCUCCUCCCAACUCGAGGAAAUCGCCCUCUCCCCUCGCUCCCCCGACGUCGACAGCGAGCGGGAGAAGGCGGAGCGGGAGAAGAUGAUGUAUAAGGCUGUUAUCCAGCUUGAUGAGAUGCAUGAUGCGUAUGAGAAGCUGCUCAGGAGUGCUGAGGAGAAGCUGAUGAAGAUUUAUGAUUCUGCUGUUAGAGAGAAGGAAGGUGGGGUUCGUGAUGGGGACGCCAUUGAUGAAGAGGAGGAGGAGGAAGAAGAAGAUGAGAUGAAUGAGGAUGUUGUUGCGGUUUUGAAGGAUGAAUAUGUUGAGAAGGUUGAUUUGACUGGUAGGAAGUUGAAGAUUCUUCCUGAAGCUUUUGGGAAGCUUCGUCAUCUUGUUUUUCUUAAUUUGUCUAGCAAUCAACUCCAGUCUAUUCCUGACUCUGUAGCCGGGCUGGAAAAUCUUGAAGAGUUUAAUCUGUCCUCCAACUCUCUGCAAUCACUAGCAGACUCUAUUGGUCUGCUCCUUAAAUUGAAGAUCCUCAAUGUGUCUGGCAACAAGCUAACUACCCUUCCUGACAGCAUCAGCCACUGCAGGUCGCUGGUGGAGUUGGAUGCUAGUUUCAAUAACCUAGCAUACUUGCCAACUAACAUAGGUUAUGAGUUGGUGAACUUGAAAAAACUUGCAGUUCAAUACAAUAAGAUCCGUUCUCUUCCAACAUCUGUUGGUGAGAUGAAAUCUCUUCAACACCUGGACGUGCACUUCAAUGAGCUUCAUGGCCUUCCCCUGACAAUUGGCAAACUCAAAAACCUUUUGACUGUAAACCUUAGUGGCAAUUUCAGUGAUAUGAAGGAGUUACCUGAGACAUUUGGCGAACUAAUCAAUCUUGAAGAACUAGACCUGAGCAACAACCAGAUUCAUUCCCUGCCAAAUUCAUUUGGAAGGCUGGAGAAGCUGUCGAAGCUUAAUUUGGAACAGAACCCUAUUGUCAUUCCUCCCGUUGAGGUUGUGAAAGAAGGGGUCGAGGCCGUGAAGCUUUUCAUGGCUAAGAGAUGGGCUGAUCUCCUGUUGGAGGAAGAAGAAAGGAGCAGGCCAGUGACGCAGGAAGGACAGGAGACUGGAUGGUUGAAACGAAGCGUUUCUAAGAUUAAUGAAGUUGUUUCUAAAGCCUCUGAAUAUCUUGGAUCUCCUCGAAGUCCCCAAGACCCUUACCUUGACCAACCUCUAUGAUCAGUAUGCAAACUGACAUGCUCUUCUUUCAUUUUCCUGAUCGUUUUUGUGAGCUAUAAGAAUUUUGCUCAUUUCUGCAACUACGCCGAUGGCCCUCUCCCCAUUUUUUUGUUGGUUACAGACUUACAGCUUGGUACGGGCAGAAAAGUCUUGAUAAAGUUGGUGUUUGCGUAUUGAACACUUUUGACUUAUUCACUAAGUUUUGCAGAUUAGUGUAGGAUAACAGUUUUGUCUGUGUAAUAAGUAUGAAAAUUGCAGUGUGCUAUUUUGGGCUGUUGUGUUAUAUGCAGCUAGCAUUUCUUGGCUUAUAAUGUGGGUACAUAUUGUCAAAAAAUAGUGAUUGUAGUAUCCAUAUUGCAGUUUUAAAAGCAUAGUUUUGAUACUUUUGAAUUUCAACGGUGCUUUACUUAGAUUCAAGUUUUGUUUGUA